GGGGCUCGGAGCCGAGGGCGGGGCCUGGAGCCCGGCGCGGGGUGGCGCAGCUGUGGCGGCACUUCCCGCUGGCCACGCGCCGGGUGCGGGUCCCAGAGAUUGCGUGAUGGAAUGUGAACAUCACCUCAAGAGGUUCCAUGUUUUGGAGUAGCUGAUUGCGUUUGUCCUCUGCUGACCGUUGCUUUCCGACUCGUUUUCCGGGGUCCUUUUGAGGCCCAAACCCCAGAGGCCUUAUACCAUGGACUGCAAGGAGAGCUGCCCCAGUGUCAGCAUCCCCAGCUCUGAUGAGCACAGAGAGAAGAAGAAGAGGUUCACUGUUUAUAAAGUUCUAGUCUCAGUGGGCAGGAGCGAGUGGUUUGUCUUCAGAAGAUAUGCAGAAUUUGAUAAGCUUUACAAUACGUUGAAGAAACAGUUUCCCACUAUGGCCCUGAAGAUUCCUGCCAAGCGGAUAUUUGGUGAUAAUUUUGAUCCCGAUUUUAUCAAACAAAGAAGAGCAGGACUAAAUGAAUUCAUUCAGAACUUAGUUAGGCAUCCAGAGCUUUACAACCAUCCAGAUGUCAGAGCAUUCCUUCAAAUGGACAGUCCGAAACACCAGUCAGAUCCAUCUGAAGAUGAGGAUGAAAGAAGUACUGAGAAGCUACACUCUACCUCACAGAACAUCAACCUGGGACCGUCUGGAAAUCCUCAGAUGCUACGCUUCCCUCACCCUUUUGGUCCUCUUAAACAUGCUAAACCAACAGACUUUGACUUCUUAAAAGUUAUUGGAAAAGGCAGCUUUGGCAAGGUCCUUGAAAGUGCAUGCCCCCCAACUCAGCUCUCCACGGUGCCUCUUCCUCUCCACGCUUCUGAAUUUGAAGCCUCUAAGAGAAACCUAAAAGUUCUUCUUGCAAAACGGAAACUGGAUGGAAAAUUCUAUGCUGUCAAAGUGUUACAGAAAAAAAUCGUCCUCAACAGAAGAGAGCAAAAACAUAUUAUGGCUGAACGUAACGUGCUCUUGAAAAAUGUGAAGCAUCCAUUUUUGGUUGGAUUACAUUAUUCCUUCCAAACAACUGAAAAGCUUUAUUUUGUUCUGGAUUUUGUUAAUGGAGGGGAGCUGUUUUUUCACUUACAAAGAGAGCGGUCCUUUCCCGAGCACAGAGCGAGGUUCUAUGCUGCUGAAAUCGCCAGCGCAUUAGGUUACUUGCACUCCAUCAAAAUAGUGUACAGAGACUUGAAACCGGAAAAUAUUCUUUUGGAUUCUGUAGGACAUGUUGUCUUAACAGAUUUUGGGCUUUGUAAAGAAGGAAUUGCUAUUUCUGAUACAACAACAACAUUUUGUGGAACACCAGAGUACCUAGCACCUGAAGUGAUCAGAAAGCAGCCCUAUGACAAUACUGUAGAUUGGUGGUGCCUUGGUGCUGUACUGUAUGAAAUGCUGUAUGGGCUGAGUAUACCCAUCAUGCCGCAGUACUUAGGAAGGAGCAUGGUCUUCAGGUCUUCGUCUUUUCGGCCUCCUUUUUACUGCCGAGAUGUUGCUGAAAUGUAUGACAACAUUCUGCACAAGCCCCUCAAUCUGAGGCCGGGAGUGAGCCUCACAGCCUGGUCCAUUCUGGAAGAACUCCUAGAAAAAGACAGGCAGAACCGGCUUGGUGCCAAAGAAGACUUUCUUGAAAUUCAGAAUCAUCCCUUUUUUGAAUCACUCAGUUGGACAGACCUUGUACAAAAGAAGAUUCCACCACCGUUUAACCCUAAUGUGGCAGGACCAGAUGAUAUUAGGAACUUCGAUGCAGCGUUUACGGAAGAAACGGUUCCAUAUUCCGUGUGUGUGUCUACUGACUAUUCUAUAGUGAACGCCAGCGUACUGGAGGCUGAUGAUGCAUUCGUUGGUUUCUCUUACGCGCCUCCUUCAGAGGACUUAUUUUUGUGAACAUUUUGCCAUCCGGGGACCAUGGAGCAAAUAGAAGCCUAUGUACAGAUGAGACUGGAAUUCCUCUUUGUGUGAAUAUAUUCAAAUAUGUUUAGUGCCUUUUUUUUACAAAUAAUGUUAACAACUAUGAAAAAAAAAUGUAUUUUCUGCUGUAUGUAAGAAAAUAGUGCAUUUCAAAAAGCUACGUUUGGAAUUAAAAUUUGUAUUCUUGUUUAUUAAGCUUAUUUUUAAACAGAAAUUUUAAAAGCUAUUGUUCUUAGCAUUAACCUAUUUUUAAAGAAAACUUUUUUGCUAAUGACUGUUUUUCCCCUCCAAGUUUACACUAACACCUACCCAAGAUGGACUGUUUUUCAACAACCUAUUUCAGUUCAGUUAACAUCUAUUAAUGCCUUUGUAACUCUCUACUUUGAUCUUUGUUCUCAGAUAAGAACUAUGCAAUUUGUAUGUGGUUGUUUAAGCAGAAACCAUGUCUGUCCAUAAUAUAUCGCUGCUUGCCAUAAUCAGUCUUGGUAGGAUUAAAGUGUAAAAGCAUAGUUAACACAUUGGCUGCUAAUUAACACUUUGAGUAACUGUUCAUUCUGCAGGUCAAAUUAAAAAUUAACGAAAGGAGGCUCUUGCAGGAUAGUUCAAUUGGGUAGGGCAUUGUCCUGAUACACCAAGGUCAUGGGUACAUACAAGAAUCAACCAAUGAAUGCAUAAAUAAGUGGAUCAACAAGUCUCUCUCUCUCUCUCUCUCUCUCUCUCUCUCUCUCUCUCAAGUCAGUAAAAAGAAAGGUAACAAAAGGAAAUCCUUUGCUUUUGAAAUACCAAUUUAAAUUCAUGAAUUUUUUUUUCUUCUGGAAUGAAAGUAAAUAUUUAAUAGUUGACAUUUUAAAUAUUCCCAAACAUCUGAAAAGUAAUAAAGUACAGUACUGCUGGAUUUAUUUUUUUUUAAGGUGGUGCCAAAAUGAAUGUAUCUGUCUCAUGUAUUUAUAUUACAAAUGCAUUCUAUUUAUGUUCUUGUUGGUCUUUUGAAUGUUUAAUAUACUGUUAAGUAGGCCUAAAUCUUGAUAUUUCGUUUUGCAAAUAGUUUUUAAAACUGUCUCCCUAAUUGGUUGUUAAGUGAAAAAUAUUGAGCUUUCUAGAAUAUUUACCUAAUUGGGAAUUUAAAAGUAGAGUAGCAAAUUCAGGAUUAAUAUAAAUGUGUAUAGUUUUACUAUUGUGUAACAGAAGUUAAAAUAAUUCAGAAAGAUGCCUAGCAUCUUAUGUAUCUUAGAGACUGUAUGGGAAAUUGGCCUUAAAGUUUUCAUACUGAAAACCAGCUAACUGGUGUACUUGUAAUUGUAAAAGAAUGCUUAUCUUUGGAAUUCUGAUGUUUAGUUUAGAGAUUUUGUAAGUCAUGUAGGAAACAUUGGGAAAGAAUUUAGUGACCCAGUUUAGAUGCUUCAAAAAUAAGCAUUCUUUUCAUGUAUUUUCUCUUGAGAGAAAAAAAAUCACAAAAGCAUUUCACACCAAUACCCUUUGGUUUAAGAAUGUUCAGCAGAAUGGGGGGAAAGAACUAUGCUUUUCUUAGAUAUGAUAAUAUUUGCAUUCAAUACACUGAAUCUUCCUUUAGAAGUAAAACUUUAGUAACAACACUGUAAAUAUUUGGUUUAUUUGGUACUACUGUAAGUUCUUUUAUACAAAGCUCUUUGCUUAUAAAGCAAAAUAAAGACUAGUUUCUUGUAUGA